ACCGCUUCAGCGGAAGGGCACUAAAAGCAUCUCAGAAUUGUCAUUUUCAUACCUACUGAUGUAAUGAAUUGUCGUUGUUCAUUGAGCUUUCGCUAGCGGGCGCCCGUUACCGACUUCGGGGCGCACCGCCGCUCAGCGAGCGAACCUAGGAAUCCGUUAAUCCUACUCUGACUCACGGCUGAGUCACUACGAGUGAGCAAGCCGGCAGUAUGUCCCGGGUCCUCUCAGACGCUCAACGCUCGCUCCCAGGCUCCAGUUUCCCUUCAGGCUUUUCUCUUUCAGUUUUCAGGGAACCGCGGGGGAGACCGCGCGUCGCCGGCCGCGCUACCGGCAGAACCGUUUCAAAUGCAAAAUGAUUAAAUAACCGAGCGGCACAGAGAGCCAAUCAAACAGUCGAGUGAUGCAAUUAAAUAUCGGGACAUUUUAAGUGAUAAAGUGUUAUGUUGACAAAUCGAAUACAUAAGCGAACGAUUAGUGGUGUCAAGAGAGGACAGUAAAUCACAUCGCGUCAGGAUAGCUGUGACGGAUUUCGGCAUCCAGCCAGGCAUGAUUUGAACAGACAAGGCGGGUUGCGCGGAUGGUGUGCGGAGAUGGGCGGCCCGCGGCGCAUGUCGAGCGCGCUGCUGCUGCCGUUCCUACUCGCGCUGCCCGCGGACACCGCCAACACCACCGGCUACCGGGAGGAACUGGAAUCAUCACUGGUUUUAGUCCACGCUGUCGCCACCGGAGCCACGGGGAAGCUGUGUGUUUCGUACCGCAACGGUCAGCUGCGGGCGCCCAUGCACGUCACACGGUGGGACUCAGCCAGGGCUCGGGCGGACCUGGCGGCCAGCUUCUUGCACCAACUGGGAUUAGACUCUGCUGACGUACUUGAAGCGGUAUCGAAAUCACUAGUAAUGGGUAAUCAGAAUUCUGAAAGAGCGGUGGGAGCAAGAGCAAUACCAUUACGGGCUGAUACCAAAGUGAAGAAUGCCACGGGUUGGCAACGGUAUGGUACAGCUGAACCAGUUCCAGUAUUUUAUCCGCCACUAGAGCAAGUGCCUGUAGCUGAUUACCCUUGGUAUGAAUCGCGGCAUAAAACAUCUCAACAGUCUUUCAAAUUCAUGCCUUCGCCAGUACCAGAUGCAGCUAUGAAGGGCUGGUGGUCCUUUCCCUAUUUCAGUUGUGAUGCCGAGCGGUGGCUACUAUCAUAUACGGUUCCAGUACAUUCGGCUAGAGAGCAGGAAGGAGUUGUGUCGCUCGACAUAGACAUAUCUAAUUUGGAAAUAAAUCAAUGUGAGAUGCCAACCAACGAUAAUCAGAUAUAUUCCUUUCACGGCACUCAUAAAUGUCACAACGAAACCACCUUUUGCGAGUACAAGCCAAAUCGAGAAGUUGGAGUGAGGCAUGCUGGUUGGGCUCGAGGAUCGUACGUUUGCCGUUGUCGGGAUGGCUUCUAUUCAACGCAUCAUCCUGAUGGAUUCAAUGGCUCACUUGUUGAAGUUGCUUAUCAAGAAUACAAGGAAAAUAACGGCUUGGAAAACUGGAGUGAGCCCUACCAAUGUCUGCAAUGCCAGCCAGGCUGCGAAACAUGCCGGGGACCGGAGCCUUGUCUUGCUACUUAUAACUGGCCUUUCCGGAUAUCCCUCCUGGUGAUAUCGGUGAGCUGUGCAUUUAUGACAGUAUUGCUGACGAUCUACACAAGACACCACAGACGCGUGAAGGUGUUCCGUGUUGCCAGCCCUGUGUUCCUUUCCAUCACGCUACUUGGCUGCGCUUGCAUGUAUAUGGAGAUGGCAGCUAUAUUCCCAGUUCUGGACCGCUACUCUUGCAUCGCCACAAAAUGGACUCGCCACUUGGGAUUCUGCAUCACAUACACAGCACUGCUUAUGAAAACUUGGAGAGUAUCCCUGACAUAUCGCGUGAAAUCCGCGCACAAACUGAAGCUCACAGACAAGCAGCUGUUGCAAUGGAUGGCGCCCAUUCUCCUGAUCAUGCUCGUGUAUCUCGGGACAUGGACUUUGUCUUCACCCCCUGAUGCAGAAGACAUCACAGACAAUAAGGGCUUGAGAUUCAAGCAAUGCACUUACAACUGGUGGGAUCACAGUUUGGCUAUAGGCGAGAUCCUGUUCCUGUUAUGGGGAGUCCGCGUGUGCUACAGAGUGCGCCACGCCGAGAGCCUGUACAACGAGGCGCGGCUCAUCUCCAUCGCCAUUUACAACAUCUUCACCGUCAACUCGCUCAUGAUAGCAUUCCAUUUACUAAUCCUGCCUCGGGCCGGGCCGGAUAUAAAAUAUCUGCUCGGCUUCAUAAGAACGCAGUUGUCCACUUCUACUACAGUUCUACUAGUAUUUUUACCCAAGGUGCUGCGCGUGGUGCGCGGCACGGGCGACACGUGGGACCGCGGCGCGCGCGCGCGCGGCGUGCCCGCCAGCACGUCGCUCAACGGCAUCGGCCUAGUGCCCGACGACCCGCCCGACCUCUACCGCGAGAACGACGAACUCAAGGAGGAGGUGCAGAAACUAGCGGCGCAGAUCGAGUUCAUGAAGAUCGUGCAGAUGGAGAUGCACAACCGGCACCUGCGGCCGCGACCCGGCGGCUACUUCAGCGUCUCCAGCCCGCACGUCACCGCCACCGCCGUCAACAUCUCGCAGGACAGCACGGAGUGGCCGGGGCCGGUGUGACUGGUCGCGCUGAGCGACAGCGGCUGGGCGUGGCCGCGCGGCGCCGGCCGCCCCGCCGUGGCCGGCACGCGCGUCGUCACGGCCGAGGACGCCCGACGACCACAUUACGUUUGAACCGCGCAUUUCGCUCGUCGCUUAUUAUAUUACGUUGCGCCGAUUUGACGAUUACGGGACCCCGUAGUUACCUCUGGCCGAGAUCAAAUCGUGUACCCAUGUCGUGGCCAAAUCUUAAAAUUGAUCAUUUCAUGAAAUGAUCGGUUGGCUACAUCUUGAAGUCGGUCCUGACUCACCUUUUUUUUUAAGAGGGGAAAUGCUUUACGCAUACCACCCGGCCCGGGGACAGGCCGGGGUGGUUAUGUGGGACUCUCUGUUGUGGGCUAAUGAGACCCCAGGUUUACCCACUAAAACCCCUCUGCUGCCGCCUCGGUGCUAUAUGGCGAGGUCCCAGGAACGCCGAAGUACUCUUCCGCAACCUCGCCAGGGACCUGACUCACCUGACCAAACCAUAUCAUGAAAUGGUCAAUUCUAAAAUGACAAUUCAUGAAAUGAUCAAAUUCUAUGAUCUAGCCACCAACUUGUUAAGGUUCGCUGUCCAACUUACCAAUGCUAAAUUUAUGUACAGUCGACUUCACCGGUAUAGAAAUCUUGUCUUUAAAAUAAAAUAGGACGACAAACUGUAAACAUAUCUCUAAUGUCGACUAUACGAUAUCAGGAGUGACUAUUGGGACCCAAUGAUACUGGUUAGGGUUGAAUACCUAUACUGUCGUCAACAAAUAUAUCGGAACGGCCGAGGUGCUCAUUAAUAUUUCAACACGUCUCUAUUGUCAAUGCGUUAAAGUGCAUGUUCAGAUAUUUUGAAACACCACGACCGCUGCGAUAUAUCUGCUAGCUGUAUACAAAGAUACGACAUACGUAAGUAGGCUGAGCUGUGAAAAUUUAACUUAGUAAUGGAAAACUGAUGCCUGCGUUAAACGCAUGUAAAGGAUUUAGAAUGGCUUUGCACUCAUUCCCGUAACGCGUUUGACGCAUUCUCUUUAUUUCUAUCUCUUAUUACUUUAGUUAAGUAGGUAACUCGUCUCGAACUCUCGACACGUCAAAAAUGGCGACGAAGUCAUUCUAAACCUGCACUAAACUAAUGGCAGU